AUGCCUUCACACCAGCUGAACAAUUCAGGGAAUUUCAACAUCGUCGGAGUCCACUACCGCGUCGGUAAAAAGAUCGGAGAAGGAAGCUUUGGUGUAAUUUUCGAGGGCACGAAUCUUCUGAAUUCGCAAACUGUCGCUAUUAAAUUUGAACCACGGAAGUCUGACGCGCCUCAACUUCGGGAUGAGUACCGGUCCUAUCGUAUCCUGUCAGGCUGCGUCGGCAUCCCUCAAAUUUACCAUUUUGGUCAAGAGGGUCUGCACAAUAUUCUUGUAAUCGAUUUGCUGGGACCAAGUUUAGAGGAUUUAUUCGACAUGUGUGGACGGAAGUUCGCCAUCAAGACCGUCGUAAUGACGGCAAAACAGAUGCUAACCCGAGUACAAAUCAUCCACGAAAAGAAUCUUAUUUAUCGUGAUAUAAAGCCAGACAAUUUUUUAAUCGGACGGUUUGGAACAAAAGCCGCUGAUAUUAUUCACGUUGUCGACUUCGGAAUGGCAAAGCAAUACCGAGACCCCAAGACGAAACAGCACAUUCCUUACCGCGAGCGGAAGAGUCUGAGUGGCACCGCUCGCUAUAUGAGUAUAAAUACACAUCUAGGCAGAGGCAUGUGGAUCUCUUCUUGCUGCAUCUCGCGGCGGGAUGAUUUAGAAGCACUUGGCCAUGUCUUUAUGUACUUCCUCCGAGGUGGCUUGCCUUGGCAGGGACUAAAAGCAGCAAAUAACAAGCAAAAAUACGAGAAAAUUGGGGAAAAGAAGCAGUGCACUCCCAUCUCAGAACUUUGCGAGGGGUUCCCAGAGGAGUUCGCUAUUUACCUGAACUAUGUUCGCAAACUAGGAUUUGAAGAAACUCCGGAUUACGAUUUCCUGCGCGAGCUUUUCACGAAGGCCCUAAAGAAUAUCGGUGAAGUCGAGGAUGAUGUAUAUGACUGGCAUCUCCUGCAUAGCGGAAAGGGAUGGGAGGCUAAUUCAGUGUGCCAUGGCCCUUUCUUGAUCCCUACCUCGCUGAUUAAUGUAUUUUAG